UUAUUCAUUCCAAGGUAUCAUAAGUUGGAAUAUAAGUAGGUGGAGAGAGGGGUUUUAUUAGAAGGCUUUGGGUUUGGAUAAAAAUUUUGAUUGCAUCUUUAAGCAUUGACAUGCAUUUUCUUGUUUGAUUCUAACAACAAACUUCUGAAUUAGAAGUUAUAAAAAUUCCAUUUUGGAAAUGAAGAUGAAGAGAUUGAGAGGCCAAAAUAACUUAAAUGACUUUAAAACUAAUAAAGAUCUGAGACUGGAUUUGAAGCUACUUAGGUCUUCUCAACUCAAAGUCCAGUAUUCUGUUUAUAGAAGUCAAAAUAAAUCCCUUUUAUGGGUCCUCAUUUAGUACUCUUAGUCAUGUGAUAAAGCCUAAUUAAUUUAGUCUGAUAGAGAAGGGAGGACAGUAUGAAUUCUUGAAAAGUUUGAAUUAUAGACUAUUUAAAGAAAUACAUUUGCAUACAGUAAAGAAAUGGAAGUUGCUCCUGGCUUGCUUUAAUAAAUAGAUAUAUCCAAUUAUGAACAACUAAGUAUCUGAAAUCCUCAAUAUCACUUAAAUAUGAGCCUUGAAGUCUUAUUCAUACUAAUUUACUUAGUAAAUACUUUCAUCCUAGGUACUGUGAAGAAUAGCAGAAAUUCUGAAUUCAUAGAAUCUGGAUUAAUGAGAUUUUGCUGUGUAUGUUGCCUAUUAGUGAGUAGAGAUACCAAUGUUUUGCAACCAACAUGGGAGAACGUCAAAGUCUAUCAAGAAAACAAAAUAUUUAUUAAGUAAAUAAUAGAGAACUCUGGGAAAGUGUGACGUGAAGGUCCCAAAGGCCUCUAUCUCUGAUGAUCCAGUUAUUAUUUGAUUUAUGUCAGCUUGCCAUUGCCCUUGUUUUGACCCUAAGGAGGACUGUGUGGGAAGUUUGUCUUUCAGAUAGAGCAGAAACAUUGCUCUGUAGAAUGUCUGGAGCCUAAGUAUAUAAAAAAAAAAAAAAAGAAAGAAAGAAAAAGGAAGAAAAAAAAGAAACUCUAAACCCUGAUAAAUAAAGGAAAGGCCCCAUUUGCUCCAGCUGGAAGUCAGGGAGUUGAAGUAAUUGCUGAAUCAUAAUAUACUCUACUUACUCUGUGUGCAACAGGACACACAGUACUUUGGUCAUCCUUCUGCCUUAUUCUUAAAAGCCCAUCAUUUACUGAAGUGAAUGAAGCAGUGGGAGUUGGACCAGAAUAUGGCAAAUACUUACAUGACAGUAUCUGAUGGGUACUGUCUUGCUGAACCUAUACAGUAUUAUGAUGUAUUGCCAGAACAGAUUAAUUAUCAGCUGCAAGACCCUGAUUACCAAGUGGCACCUUAUUGUCAGUAUUCAACUGUCCAGUUUUCUCCAGCCUUACAGUCUCCAUCUUCUCACAGUCACUAUAAUACAUACAGUCAGGAUUCACAGUAUAAUGAUGGGCAAUAUAUACUCAGCACCAGUGAAUUAAAUAAGCCCACUUGUAUGGUUACUCAUGACACUGAGGACAGAUAUCCAAUAAUAAAAAGAUCUAAACUAAAUCAUUCUUCUGUGAGAAUUAAAGGACAAGAAGAACUUUGUGUAGUCUGCGGUGAUAAAGCUUCAGGAUAUCAUUACAAUGCACUUACCUGUGAAGGUUGCAAAGGUUUUUUUCGUCGCAGCAUCACCAAAAAUGCAGUAUAUAGAUGCAAGAAUGGUGGGCAUUGUGAAAUGGACAUGUAUAUGCGUAGAAAAUGUCAAGAGUGCCGUUUGAAAAAGUGUAAGGCAAUGGGAAUGUUAGCAGAAUGUUUGCUAACAGAAGUACAGUGUAAAUCUAAACGACUUCGAAAGAACUUCAAGCAGAAGAAUAACUUUUUUUGUAAUAUCAAAGUGGAAGAAGGAAUAGACAAUAAACAUGUGUCAUCUACAACUAGACCUAGAAAAGUGCUACAGGACAGAGUAGAAUUAACUCCAGUUGAACAUCAGCUUAUUGAUCAUAUCGUGGAUGCUCAUCAAAGAUACACAAUUCCCCUAGAGGAAGCAAAGAAAUUAUUGCAGGAAUAUGCAAAUCCUGAGGAAAGUUUCUUGCGGCUCUCAGAGACAGCAGUGCUUCAUGUUCAGGUGUUGGUGGAUUUUACAAAGAGACUUCCAGGAUUUGAAAGUUUGGCCAGUGAGGAUCAGAUCGCAUUGCUAAAGGGGUCAACUGUUGAAGCAAUGUUCCUACGUUCAGCUCAAAUCUAUAAUCAGAAAGUUAAUGAGUAUCUUUCAUCAACCAGUGAAAAUGCUAUAAGGUUUUCUGAUCAUUCACUAAAUUACAGUCAGAAUGCUGAUCAAAGCAUUAUUUAUUCUAUGGAAACACUUCCUAAUGAAGAGAGUCCAACUUCUACUACUACAUCUGGCAUCACUGAAGAUUUUAUUACUGCACUCUUUUACUUCUAUAGAAGCAUGGGAGAACUUAAUGUUACUGAAACUGAAUAUGCUUUGCUUGCAGCAACAACUGUGUUUUUUUCAGAUCGUCCACUACUUAGAAAUAAGCAACAUGUGGAAAAACUACAGGAACCACUUUUAGGAAUUUUAUAUAAAUACUCAAAAAUAUAUCAUCCAAAAGAUCCUCAACAUUUUGCUCGACUCAUAGGAAGACUUACUGAGCUAAGAACACUGAAUCACAACCAUUCAGAAGUUUUGAUCACCUGGAAAUCCAAGGAUCCCAAACUUAAUAAUUUACUCUGUGAUAUUUGGGAUAUACAUUGAAUAUCAACUAAUAUUGCUGAUAUUUCAUCAUCACUUUGAUUUUUCUUAAAUUUCUUAAAACAGAAAUUGUUUACUUUAUUUUUAAGAAGUUUUAUUUUGUGCCUUGUGUUUUUACAAUACAGUCAUUUCCCUUUAACCACUCCUUUCUUUCCCUUUUCCCCCCACCAUGUAUCCCACCUUGUUUAAAAAAAAAAACAAAAAAAAACAGCCAUUGUCAUUUUGGACUUUUAUCUGUAUUUCAUGUUCAUAAUCCUCCUACUUCAUUUCUUCCUUAUUUCUACCUCUUAGCUUCCCUGGUUUCCUUUAAAUCUCAGAUAAAAUUUUACUUUCUACAAGAAGCCUUUUUCCAACCCUUCUAAUUUUAGUGUUUUUAUUCUGAGAUUAUUUUUAAUUUACCCUUUACAUAUCCUGUUUAUAUAUAGCUGUUUUCAUAUUCUCUCCCCACUUUGCUCAUUAAACUGAGUAAAAGACAAGGAUGGUGUCUCCCAAACCCUUGGCAAAGUGCCUGGCUACUUAACUGGCUGCUAGAGGAAGGAGGAAGUAUAUUUUAUCAGUUUUCUAAGAAGAUAGAUCAUGACAAUAAUUGUUUUUUAGUUUUGUUAUCAUUUACAUGAAUCUAGUUACUACAUAUUUCUUGGUUCUGCUUUUUUCACAUACUUCAACAUUUAAAACAAAUUUGAUACUGAGGAUGAAUGAACAUUAAUAGGAUUAGUAUGCAAAAAAUCCAAUGUUUUAGCCAAAUUAAAAAAAAAAAGCAUCAGUGAUAUUAUUUAUUUGUUCUACUAAAUAAAACAAUCUGAGGAGGGACAUCUAAGACCAUUCUAGUUAGAAGCACAAAAGUCCCUUUUAUAUAAUCCUGUUGCUUAUUCUUAUGGAACUAAUAAUCACCUGGGAGAAGAUAAGGACUUCCCUGGCUUACAACAGUCAUUUAUCAAGCCUCUCAAACUUUCUAUUUCCAUUAAAUUGACAAGUGUACAUGUUCCCAAAUCAUUUUUGGAGCUGAAAACAAUUUCUAGACAAACUGGUGGAAAAAACACUAGUUUGUAUACAUAGUGGUAAUUAGAGAAAAUCUCACAUUUAUGUAGUGUUUAUCAACUUAAAUGAAAAAACAGGCUUAGGGAGGUUUAUUGAUAUUAUAUAUUAACUUUAAGAUAUGCAAAGCACAUUACAUGUAUGAUCUCAUGUUUAUAAUAAUCCCAUGAAGCAGAUUCAACAAGUAAUUAUUAUUCUUAUUUUAUAGAUGAGGAAACUAGGGUUGAUGGAGCUUAAAUGGCUCAUCAUUUAUAAUAUAAUUAGUGAAUGAGAUGACCUUUUACCAUAUUUUUUAUAAUGUAUUAUCUCAGGGAGUUUGUGACAAUAGUUUCAAAGCAAGAUUAAUAUAGUUCAGCUUUUGAUGACACAUUGGAUGGACAAUUCAAAAUGUAUUCCUAUAACAAUACUUCGUAAGUGUUAAAAAGGAAAUAGGUUGUAGGGUCAUUCUACUUCUCCUUCCCUUUCUUUAUUUGUUUAAAUCUUACCUUUUCAUUAAAGAUAUGUUUACUUUAUUUUUUUUUCUUAUUCUUCUUCUCCAAAACUUUUAAAUAAAAAAAUCCUAAAUUA